UCGUCUUUGGCUCCGUUUUGUUUUUAUAUAAUGCUACAUCAAGAUGGCAGCAUCCAUGGUUUGUCGAGUAUCAAUGCAAAAGAUUCGUCAUUUGCAGUCGGUCUUGUAUAUGCCAUGCAGAAACAAUUCAGAAGCUACAAAUUCGAUGUCAAGAGGAUACUUCGUGUUUAUCCCAGAGGUGCCAAAAGACAACAAAGACAACAACCCAGUUAUGAACUAUGAAAAAUUCCCGGAGUUUUCCAAAGUUAAAAAAAACACAGUGCUUCGAGGAUGUGCAAAGUUGGCAUUAACCUUUGAUUCAAAAUUUGAUCAGCUUGUUGAUACUUUGAGUGCAAAGAAGUUGAGUUUUGAGGAGAUAGUGAGCGCCCUGGAGCAGUCGAUGGCACCACUGUACACAGCCUACCAUCAGGCAGAGAUUCUCACUCAGACAAACUUCAAAGACUUCCCUCGACCAAACUAUGACAGAAUUGACAGCCAGAUUCAGCGAUCUCUGAAUGAAAUACAUUUCCAAGAAGAAUUCUACAAUGCUCUUGUUAGGAUUAAGAAGAAAGAUUACGACAAGUUGUCAGACUAUCACAAACGUCUGCUGGACAUAUAUAUAUAUGAGGCAAAGAUGAUUGGCAUGCAUAAGCUGGACAACAAGAAAAAAGACUACACAUACAUCAUGGAAUGCUACCAGAAGAUAGAAAGAAACCAGGAGGAAUUCCAACGUAAGGUGAUGACCCACAAGUCCCUGUUUUUUCUGGACCUCGGAGGACAAGCAGACUGGAAGUAUUUGAAAGAAUUACCUGCAGAGAUUAUACAGGAGAUAGCUAGAGAUAAGUCAGCAGUAGACCGGGGGCCCUGGCGGGUGACCUUGAAGAAGCCCAUUGUGGAGGCGUUCCUGGAGAUUUGUCCCAACAGGACCCACCGCUUCAAGGUGUGGAAUGGCUGGCACAUCAUUGGCACACACUUCUCCACAGAUAUUCGACUGCACACUUUUGAGAUACCUGGUCAGAUCACAGAAGCAAGGAGAGACAUUGCCCAGAAGGUGGGGUUUGAACAUUUCACAGACCUGUGUAUGGAGAGACGAAUGGCAGGAAAUCUGAAAACUGUUCUCACAAUGUUAGACAGAUACAGGGAACAUUUUCUACCAAUGGCUAAGAAAGAAGUAGCCGACUUACAGCAGUUUGCAGCAUCCAUGGGACUAAAAGAGCCAAUAAAACAGUGGGAUAUCCCCUACUACAGGCGCCUGCAUUGUGAUAAGCUGUACAGCAUGCAGAAGGUGGACAGAAUGCAGUACUUCACCUAUGAUGUGGUCUUACGUUCUUUGUUCUCACUGUGUGAGAAGAUGUUUGGAAUCAAGUUUGAGCAAGUUGAUCCGUCCACAGUAGAUGUUUGGCACCAAGAUGUCACAGCCUAUAAUUUGCUGAAUGAGGAUGGUUCCUAUGUAGCAAGAUUGUAUAUUGACCCAUUUGCGAGACCUACAAAGAGAAUUGUGGACACAACAUACAUAUGUCGAGAGCGCUGUGACCUGCUGGCAAUGAGCCCAAUCUCAGUGAUCACUCUGAACGUGCUGAAGACAGAGCGGCAGGGCGUCCCUAACCUGAUGUCCUUCAGGGAAGUGCUAGCUCUCUUUUCCGAGAUGGGCAACUCUCUACAGCAGCUGUUGACAGAGGUGCCGCUAGUAGAGCUAGCGGGUCAGCGGAACAUAGAGCGUGAUGCCAUAUAUGUGGUGAGCAAUGUGAUGAAGAUGAUGGCCCUGCAGCCCCAUGUGAUACGGGAUAUCAGCACCCACCACCUGACUGGGGAACCGCUAUCUGACAUACAGAUAGACAAGCUGCUCAAGUGUCAGGCCUACAUGAAGGGUUUGGAUAUGUGUACAGAGCUUUACAAGAGUGCUUUUGACAUUGAGAACCACCUUGCUCAUGACAACUACUGGAAGGACAUCCAGAUAGACUUGUACAAGCUGUUCAUGCCGAUAGAGCUGCACCCUGAGGACUGGGUCUGGUGCUCAGACCCCACACUCUGGAUGAGCGAGGCCUACGUAGCAGCCUACUACAUGAACAUCUGGUCUGAGAUGCUUGCUGCAAACAUCAUGGAGGAGUUCACUGAUGCUGGCUUCCAAAAUGAAAAACAACUUACUAAAGUGGGAAGAAGAUUCCGCAGUACGUACCUUGCCCAGGGCGGUGGUGUCAGUGCCAAGUCAGUGUUCCAGCAGUUCACAGGGCGAAAUCCUUCCCUUGAAAGCCUGGUGAAGAGAUACCCCAUGGAAGAAUAAAUUGUACUAGAAUUAUGGGCUUUAUUCCUUUAUGAAAGGGACUGGACACCAGAGACUGGGAUGAUCUGUGUCAAUAUUUAUAAAGAUUCUUAAGUUAUUAUUUACUAAAAUUGCAAAAUAAAGUCACAAUUAUGUUACUAGUAAUUAACAACUUUAUAAAUAGUGUCCAUCCCACCUUCCUGUUAGCUCAAGGAUGUUUGUACAAGAAUUGGAAGUAAAGUUCUUUAAUGAAAAACAAACAAUUAUGUGCUAUUCCCAAUAAAUAUAUACCUAUGAUAUGUCAACUAACUCCUUAAUUGACCAUUUUUUAUACGCCCGUUUUUAAAAACAGGAUGUAUUAUAGUUUCACCCUUGGCGGGCGGCAGGCGGGCGGCGUCCACAGCAGUGUCCGCUCUCUAAUUUAAAUAGUUUUCAUCCGAUAUUCACCAAACUUGGUCAGAAGUUGUGUCUAGUAUCUAGUCAAGUUCGAAUAUGGGUCAUGCUGGGUAAAACACUAGGUCACGGGGUCACUUAGUGCAUUUCAAGGAUAAAGCAUGGUGUCCGCUCUCUAAUUGAAGUAGUUUGCACCCGAUCUUCACCAAACUUUGUCUAGAUGAUAUGUAGGUCAAGUUCAAAUAUGGGUCAUGCAGGGUCAAAAACGAGGUCGCGAGGACACUUAGUGCAUUUCAAGCAUUGAGCAUGGUGUCCGCUCUCUAAUUGAAGUAGUUUUCAUCCGAUCUUCACCUAAUUUGGUCAGAAGUUGUGUCUAGAUGAUAUUUAGGUCAAGUUCAAAUAUUGGUCAUGCCGGGUCAAAAACGAGGUCACGAUGUCACUUAGUGCAUUUCAAGCAUAUAGCAUGGUGUCCGCUCUCUAAUUGAAGUAGUUUUCAUCUGAUCUUCACCCAAUUUAGUCAGAUGUUACGUCUAAAUGAUAUCUAGGUCAAGUUCAAAUAUGGGUCAUGCCGGGUCAAUAACUAGGUCUCGGGGUCACUUAGUGCAUUUCAAGCAUUGAGCAUGGUUUCCAAAACCUUCGAACGGGCGUAUCUUGUGACAGUUUGGCACUCUUGUUACACUUAUGGCUUAAAUGUUAUGCUUGGGCACAUAUUCAAGACUUUAAAAAAAUAAACUUUUUUACUAAAAAUUUUUUGAAUCUAAUUGAUUUUGUAUUUGAGCCUAUUUAAUAAACUUGUGUGUACUGUGUAUGAAAUAGUACUGUAAUUGAAAAUAAGGGAUAUUAUCACUCAUGUUCCAUCUUUACCGCUAGAUUAAUGACUAAAGUAAAUAAGGGAUAUUAUCACUCAUGAUCCAUCUUUACCGCUAGAUUAAUGACUAAAGUAAAUAAGGGAUAUUAUCACUCAUGUUCCAUCUUUACCGCUAGAUUAAUGACUAAAGUAAAUAAGGGAUAUUAUCACUCAUGUUCCAUCUUUACCGCUAGAUUAAUGACUAAAGUAAAUAAGGGAUAUUAUCACUCAUGUUCCAUCUUUACCGCUAGAUUAAUGACUAAAGUAAAUAAGGGAUAUUAUCACUCAUGUUCCAUCUUUACCGCUAGAUUAAUGACUAAAGUAAAUAAGGGAUAUUAUCACUCAUGUUCCAUCUUUACCGCUAGAUUAAUAAAUGACUAAAGUAAAUAAGGGAUAUUAUCACUCAUGUUCCAUCUUUACCGCUAGAUUAAUGACUAAAGUAAAUAAGCACAAUGAGACCAUUCAAAGUGAAGGCUUCAUUUUCUGACUCUGUGUGGUCAUUUAAUUGAUUGGAAGUUUUUACAACAUGUAUAUGAUAACUGUAAAUUCCUAUAGAGUUUUUGUACUGUAUUGUAUUGUUUUGUACUAUUCUUAACUUUGGGAACUCUUGAUUAUAAUUGUUAUGUUCACCAUUGUUGUUUUUGAAGCUUAAGAUAAUUAUGUCUUGUAUAAUUUUUUCGAUAUUCUCAUUGUGCACUGUACAAUGCAUUAUUAUGUUUGCUGGAAUUAAAUUUGCAAUUAUG